AUGUCGCACGCUGGCAGCUCGACGGCGACGGCGACGGCGGCUGCUGCAUCGACAGCGGCACCUGCCGAUCUGUACGACCUGACGCUGCGGACGCACCAGAUCGUCGAGCGCUUCCUGAGCUCCAACGGCUACGACGCCACCGCCGAGCAGCUGCGCCGGGAUGCGGCCAAGGCCGGCCUCGAGAUCCCCGCCACCUCGGCCUCGACGUCGUACGAUCCGGGCCUCGACCUCGGCACGCUGGUCGAGUCGUACAACUCGACCCUCCGCGCCGCCCAGCAGAGGCGCCUCAAGGCCUCGCUCGACGCGACCCACUCGUCGCGCUCCGUCGUGGAUCCGCUCACCCUGACGCUGCCGGGACCUUCGCAGCUUCCCUUCCGUCUGGUCUCGACGCAUCGCACGCUGCAUGCCUCCAACAUCCUCUCCAUCACCCGGAUACCCCUGCCCCGGCGCAGCUUCGACACCUCGGCCCGCCCGCCCCGCUUCCGGAACUCGUCCAAGCCGUGCAUCGUCACCACCGCCGCCGACAAGCGCAUCGUCUUCUCGGACGCAGAGUCCGGCGAGGUCGAAGAGAUCCUCGAGGGCGAUGGCGACGACGUGCCCGGACACCGGGCGGCGGUGCUGGCCGUCGCGCAGGACCCCGGGAACCCAAGGUGCCUCGUCAGCGCCGGAAUGGACGCCAAGGUCGUCGUGUGGGACCUGAUGACGAGGAAGCCGGUGCAGUCGCUCAGCCACCACGCCAAGUUUGCUGUCCGGCUGGCCUUCAGCCCCUCGGGCGAGUACCUCGCGUCGGCCGGCUACGACCGCAAGAUUAUCGUCUACCGACGUCGCCCCGUGCCAGCUGCGGCCGCUUCUCGACAAGGACGCGCUGUCGAUGGAUCAGAGGCGGAGGAGGAUGAGGACGAGGUCGAUGACGACGACGACGACAACGACGACGGCGACGACGACGACGACGACGACGACGAAGAGCACCCGUCGGUCGGCCCGGACGCCUUUGAAAAGGUGUUUGAGCUCGAGACCAAGACCAACCCGGAGUCGAUCAUCUUUGUCCGCGCCGCGGUGCAGCCGUCGUCUGGCGAGGUGCAGGAGAUCGAGGCGCGGGGCGGAGACGAGAUCCUGGUCCGCCACGCUCGCCGUCAGCGCACCUGGCUCGCGUUCACGGUGCGCAACGACAGCUUCCUGCACUACCUGCCGCUGCCUCUGUCUGCGGAUGCCAGCGGAGAGGGCGCCGGCGCUGCCGUCGAGGCUGGCGCUCAGGUUGACGGGCUCACCGACCAGCUGGCCGCCACAGAGCUUGGCGAAGAGCCUGCCGAGACGACACGCGACUGGCACCUCGUCAGCUUCAACACCAACCCGAACCCGGAGGAUCUGCACGUCAGCUACUCGCUCCUCUCCCUGUCGCUGGAUCCGUCGGGCCUCUACAUCUGCGCUCAGACGGGCGACCACACGCCGACCAACCUCAACACGUCGUCGUCGUCGGCGGCCACGGGUCCGCUGUCGCGGCUGCUGCUGCUGCCGCUUCUCUCGUCUCGGCGGGCGGGGACGGUGUGGACGGGGAUCGCGACGUCCUCGUACGCGACGCCGCGCCACAGCUGGCUGCCGUCGGGGCGGGGCAUCUGGCUCAACUCCGAGGACGGCGUGCUGCGCCUGGUGGACCUCCGGGGCAAGGUGCGCGCCCAGGUGCUGUGCCACGGCCUCGUCGAAUCUACCGACGCCGAAGCGGGCUCAUCGGCGGCGGCAGCGGUGGCGACGACGACGACCGACGAGGCGCAGAGGGUGGUGUCGUGGAGCCGGGGCGGCAACACGAUCAUCAAGGACGUCGUGGCCCUCGACGAGCGCAGCGUGGCCAGCUGCGGCUUCGAUCGGACAGUCAGGGUGCUCAGGCUCGACGCCGACUGCGCCCUGUAG